CAAAACCUUUGAAAUGGAUAAGAAAAGUGAAGAAGAUGAUAAAUUAUUGGAGUCAUUCAAUGUUAGUGUAGAAAUGAAGAAGGAAGAGAAGGUUAACAUGCAAGUACAUCCUACAAUCUGGAUAUCCCUAUCCCUCCUGGUCGCUGUAAUCUAUGCUAUCUCAAACAUAUCCAUCUCCAUAGUCGCUAAAUUCAGGAUCAAGGCCAUCGCCUUACAAGCUUACGGCAGAGUUAUAGGUAACAUAAUACCGAUCAUUGUGGUUUGUUGGCAGGAGAAGAAUAAGAAGAGAUCGGAGAGGAAGAUUGGAGAUGAAGGGGUGUACUUUGGAUGGUUUAAGAAUAUUUAUUAUAAGAGAAUGAGGGAUGGAAAUGGGGAUCUUGUGGAGAAUCAGUGGACUAAUGAGUUGCAUUGGGAUCGAAUUAGAGGGUCUAUUCUGAUUGGGGUGCUUUCUACAGUUUCUUAUGCAGCCUUUCUGUUGGCUUAUGACUGGGCGAAUACAGCAGGUUUGAAUAAUGGGGUUAUGAUGUCUUUGUACUCGAUGAAGCCGAUCUUUACAUCUGUUCUUUUUUAUGUUUUCUUUAGGCAAACUUUGAAAUGGUUUGAGAUUGUUGCUAUUGGUUUAUGCGUAUCUUGUGCAGCACUGAUCGGACUUAGCUCUGAACAACCUGAUCUAGAUGCUGAGAAAGAGGAUUCCCAGAAGUUUAUAAUUUUAGCAUGCAGCUUUCUUCUCCUAGCAUUGCUCCUAACUUGCCUUCGUACUACUGUUGUGAAGUACUAUUUUGGAGAUGCUCCUGAGAUAAAUAUAUCAGCAGUUUUUAACGUAAAUAUCCUGUAUAUUGAUAUUGCGUUUCUGGUAUAUUUCUACGUUCUGACUUAUCAAGGAUUUGAGUACACUUGGUUCGAAUUUGCUUGAGGAUGGUUUGGAGGAAUGUCGUUUAGCUUUGCUCAGUAUAUCAUAGCAUAUGUGAAUAUCCGGGGCAAUGCAGGCACAUCUGACGCAUUGAUCGAAACUUGUACAUUUUAUCAAACACUAUUAGACAUGCUAUUCUUUGAGAGAUAUCCAAACCUGAUGCAGUACUCUGGUCUUGUCAUCGGAUUUGGAGCUACUUUGUUCCUAAUAAUUGCCCAUAAAAUUUUUGGAUAAA